AUGGCUGCAGAUCAAAUUUCAAAGCCUUACCUACCAUUCAUGUUGAGACUCAAACUUUGCAUUGGUAAUUUUUUUACGAGAAUCUGUCUCCGUUACGACGGAACCAUCAAUCGAAGCCUUUUCGACCUACUUGACAGAAAAGUAGCGGCUGGUUCGACCGUAGUCGUUGACAACAUCCACGUCUCUUCGUCCGAUGUCACGGUCGACCCCUCCCGCAACCUUUGGUUCCGUCUCUUCGUCCCAAGAACCACUCGUAAGCUACCCCUUGUUAUUUAUUUUCAUGGUGGAGGUUUCUCAUUCUUUGGCGCGGACUCAAAGCCGUGUGACGAUUUAUGUCGCAGCUUGGCAGCGAUAUUCCCCGCCGUAAUCGUAUCCGUUAACUACCGUCUCGCCCCAGAGUUUCGUUAUCCUUGUCAGUAUGAGGAUGGAUUCGAUACCUUAAGAUUCAUUAAUGCUCAAAACUACAACAUUUUACCCCCAAACGUCGAACUUAACAAAUGCUUCCUGGCUGGAGACAGUGCAGGAGGCAACAUAGCCCAUCAUGUAACUUUCAGAGCUUGUCAUAACUCCCAAGAGCUUGACAAGCUAGUCAUCGUCGGACUUGUGGCAUUGCAGCCAUUUUUCGGGGGCGAGGAGCGGACAGAGAGCGAACUACGACUGACUAAGGCGCCUAUACUCAAUGUCGAGGGUACAGACCGCCUGUGGACGAUGUUUUUGCCACAGGGUGCUAAUAGAAACCACCAGGCAGUGAAUGUUGAAACCAACUUUGAGACCACGGACAUGAAGAAUACGAAAUUUCCAAGCUCUUUGGUGAUUGUGGGAGGAUUCGACCCGUUGCAAGAUUGGCAAAUAAGGUAUGCUCAAGGGUUGAAAAAGAGUGGUAAACAAGUGGAAUUGAUCAAGUAUCCUAAUGCAUUUCAUAGUUUCUACGGAUUUCCAGAAUUGCCUGAGUUUGAUUUGUUCAUCAAAGAUGUAAGAAAUUUUAUUCAGAAGCAAUCAACUGAUAGUAUCGAUUGA